CCCCCCCAACCCUUUCUUUCUUGUCCUUCCCAUUACAAUCUCUCUGUCUCUCGUUCAUUCUCUUUCAAGAGCACGUCUGUAAAUCACAAAUUUUGUUAAAUCGAACCUUUUGAUCUUGAAUCCGACCGUAUUCUCACCGUGAAAGCAGCCCCAAUCUACAAGAAGAAGAAGUGCAGAAAUCUGAGUCCCCUCUGGAAAGCUCUUUGAACUCUCUCUCCAAAUCAAUGGCGGGAAAGCAGCCCGAUGGGGAUGGUUUGCCAGCGAACUUCGUUGGAAUGUCAAAGAACCAACUCUACGAGAUCAUGUCUCAGAUGAAGACUCUGAUUGACCAGAACCCGGACCAAGCAAGACAAAUUCUUGUCCAGAAUCCUGCCCUUACCAAAGCUCUCUUCCAGGCGCAAAUUAUGCUUGGAAUGGUGAAGCCUCCUCAGGCGGUUCCAAACAUCCAGCCAACUGCAUCACAGUUGCAGCCUCCUACAGAAUCAUUGCAGCCAGUUCAGCAGGCACAUAUUCAGGCCAGUCCUGCUUUGCCCGGACAAAAUGGUUUGCAAGACCAAACUAGUGCAUCUCAGGCCCCAGUUCCCAUAAGAAAGCAACACAAAACUCCACUUAUGCCAAUUUUAUCUACUUCGCCCCCUUUAAACCUCCCAUCACAGUCCUUGUCAUCACAUGGCUUACAGUCAGCACAGCAGCCCAAGGGACAUAUUAGUUCCCAAGCAUUACCUGUGUCACUUUCACAAUCCUCUCAAGUCCUGAGCAUUCCUCCACCUCCACUUCAUUCUGUUUCACAGCCUCCUCCACUUCAACCCCCGAUGCCUGUUGGCUCCACCCAGUUGCAGCAACCAUCACAGACAAGUGGCAUGCAGCAUCUGGCACUACAGCCCCCACUGCCACCACAACCCAGACCACCUUUCUCCCAUCAACUUCACUCUCAGAUGGGACCAAACAUGGGUUUCCAGCAGUCUGGUGCCCCUCAGCUGCAUCAUUCACAACCCAUGUUUCAUGCAGGUAUGAAACCUCCUCUGGGCAUGGGGCCUUCGUUUCCCCAAGGACAGCAACCACUUCCUAGUCAGCCUCCAAUUCGGUCACUUUAUCAGGUGGGAGGUUCACAUUUGGGGUCGGAGUUCAGUCAUGCUGAAAGCUCCAUGCCACCCGACAGAGGGCCAGCAUGGAUACCCGGUUUACAAGAUAAUGCAAUGGGAACACAUAUGCCAGGGCCACCGCCAUUGGCUCCCCCUCCAAUGGGCCCGGGCAAUCAGCCUGCUCAUGCCGCAUCAUUAACCCCUGAGAUGGAGAAGGCACUCCUUCAGCAGGUCAUGAGCCUUACCCCAGAACAAAUCAACCUGCUCCCACCAGAGCAAAGGCAUCAAGUGCUACAGCUGCAGCAGAUGUUGCGCCGUUGAGGGGUAGGUAAAUUACCCUUUCUCACCCAAAAGCAUUGCUUCCUUUGUGGGGGCGUCAUCUCUGGCUUAUUCGGCUAAUCCUAUCAACCUGGGCCCAUCAUCCUUGCAGACUCUGGCAGUUUUGGUUGUCAAGUAUGAGACAUUUCAUAACAAAUUUGGGGAUAUGUAUAUUUUGUUUCGUCAGUUUAGGCAUGGCAGCAUGCAUGCUGUGGUCAAAUUAAACAUACGAAAUUGGUAUCACCUUGGUUAUUGCAUUUGCAAGUAACUUGUGAGAGAAUUUGUGUAAAAUGGGAAAGCCUCUUCUUUUUUUUUUGGGUUUCCUCCCAAUAAUGAAAUUAGAAGUUAACUGAA